AUGCUUACGGCGAUGCUACAGACACCGGCGAGUAGAGUCUUUGCUUGGCAGUUUGAUAUUUCACAGCAGGCUCUCUGCGAUACAGUUAGCUGCUACCUCUGUGUUUGGUGA